AUGAAUAUAACCACUUUUGGUUUUGAGUGUCAAUCAAAUUUAUCUACUGAUCGAUUAGCAACCUUCAAUAAUGUACUCAAUAUUGUUCAUUGUGCUUCGAAUUGCAAUCGGCAACCACUUUGUCAUUAUUUUAAUUACGAUACCUGGACAAAGAUUUGUCGCAUCUUUUCUGAUGGUUCAAUAGCGGCAUCAAACUCCAGCACAUCUCGUGUAGGUACUGUUCGGUAUAUACCUUCUCUCUAUUCAUCAUAUGGUCAACCAUGCGCAUCAAACAACUGUCAAGUUAAUCGAUAUCUAAGCUGUAAUACUUUCAAUAUAUGCCAAUGUCCAGCAAGUCAAGUUUGGUAUACACAAAUGUGUGUUGCUGAUAAAAUCUCCCAUAGGUGGAACUCUACAGGUAUCACGAUAGCCGGUAUUACAGGCAGAGCAGGUGCAACACCCACUCAACUUAAUAGUCCAACAGCUGUCACACUGGAUUCAUUCAAUGCAAUCUACAUUAGCGCACGUGAUAGCCAUCGAGUUCAAAAAUGGUUGCCGGGUGCUGUAAAUGGAACGACAGUCGCAGGACAAUCAAAUGGCAGUUCCGGUUCUGGAUUAGCUUAUUUGAAUAAACCUACUGGUCUUGCUGUUGAUUCUAACGGCAGUAUUUAUAUAGCAGAUUAUAAUAAUCAUCGGAUUGUUCGUUGGAGUAACGGAUCAACUAUCGGCACAAUAAUCGCAGGCAAUGGUACAUGUGGUUCCGCUAUGAAUCUCCUAUGCUAUCCUCGAGCCGUGACGCUUGAUCCAAACACGAACACGCUCUUCAUAUCAGACAGUACAAAUUAUCGAAUCAUGCAAUAUUUACCGGGCGCUACGUUUGGUACGGUGGUAGCUGGAGGCAAUGGACAGGGAAUAAGCAGUACACAACUAAUGGAUCCUAGAGGAUUGCAUUUUGAUUCAUUAACCAAUAGUAUAGUCAUUUCUAAUGGUGUUGGUCAGAAUAUUGUUCGUUGGGUAUUGGGUUCUAGCAGUUGGACACUGAUGGCAGGCGUUACCAACGUAAGUGGUGGUUCAUCAAUAAAAUUACUGAAUCCAGCAGAUGUAGUACUUGAUUCGACGGGUAAUAUGUAUGUGGCUGAUCUUGGCAACAAUCGGAUACAGUUCUUCUUAGCUGGUCAAUUGAACGGCACUACAAUUGCUGGUGUGGUAAGUACACCAGGUAACACAUCCAUUUUAUUCAAUGGACCCGCUGGGUUGGCUCUCGAUAACGAAUUGAACUUAUAUGUAGCGGAUUUACUUAACGAUCGCGUGCAAAAAUUUCUUCGUUACUAA